UUUCCCUUUUCUUAAUUAAUAAUAAUAAUGUGUUAUUGAUUGAUAAGCCAUAUUGCUAAACAAUUGCGGUUCUCCUUUUUAUCAAUAUUGCAAGACAAAAGCCAUUCGAUGCUCUUCCAAGAUGGAGCUCUUGUCAGACGAGAACCCUUCGUAUUCCGGUGAUCAAGGUGCACUCGUUCUUCCAUCUGUAUUGGAUAUAACAGAUGGAUCCAUGAAGCUAAUUAAUGCGCAUCCUGCUAUGGUGCAUCAUCAUCAUCAUUCUCAGAAUCUUGGUCGUUCAAUAUUUUUGAAGCGAUCUCGGUAUUACUAUGGUCACCAAUAUUCUCGACGUAACUCAGCCAAUCUUGCCAAUGCAUCUUCGUCUCGUAGCAAGGGUUCUUCCUCAUUCGAUGACAGGCUUUCGUUCAAGUUGGCUCCUCAACCGAACUCACAGCCCAGACAACAUACAGAGUACAAAGAGAAGACAUUUUCUAGGCCAGAGAGAAUCCGAUCAGGUUCUUUCUCAACGGAUUCAGUAUCACCGGACGUCGUGAAGUCGGUUUGCAUGAUAUGUGAGAAGCCACUGAGACAGAAAUUUAAUUUUAUGGGGAAUUCACUGUCUUGCAAUGAACUUGCAGUUGUAGCAGUUUUAGUAUGUGGUCAUGUUUAUCAUGCGGAUUGUCUUGAGCAAAGAACUAGCCUCGAAGAACUACGCGAUCCGUCAUGUCCUAUAUGUACAGGUUUACUCUUGCAGGAUCAUGAAUGUAAAGAACAAGAAUAGUUUUCAAGUAGAUGGAUAUUACAACUUCUUCUAUGGACUUUGUAGCUAGGAUGAAGAUAUUGCUGACAAUAUCAGGAUCUCUGCAUUGUCCUUAGAAUUUGUGAAUUUGUGGUAUACUUUUAAAAUUAAUUAGGCUUAUUAGGGGAUUGUAAUAUUAUUAUGUAACAACAAC